AUGAGCUCUUGCAUUUAUGGACGUUUCCGGCGCCCUGACAAGCCGCCCUCUGCACGCGAGCAAUUCGCCAUCGGACCGUUGUGUGCUGCGCAGGGGCCCCCCACGUACCGUGCAGACGCGAGCAUGAUGUUCGUACAUCCUGAUGGACAGGCAGAGGAUCAGAGCAAUCUGGAGGAGGAGAUUCGCAAUCUGACUCGGAGCGCGGAGGAGGCGGCGGCCAAGGCGGCUAAGGCAGCGGCCCAGGCCGGUAUGUCGUACAAUGCGACUACGGGUGCGCUGACCCCGCUGCCUGACGGGGCUGGUGAUUUUGAGAGUGUUGAGAACCUCCAGUGUGAGCCCGACCCGACCUACAAAUGCUCCAAUGCCCCGAACACUGUCGCCCGCCUGAAUGCGUUGCGGGAGGAGGUGGCGAGUCAGCAGCAGCAGGAGGCCCUUCUGGAGGGGCAGAUGCGGGCGGAGGCGCAGGCGCACCAGAUCAAUAGGAAUGCGGCGCUACAGCAGGUUCAGGAGGCCGAGCGGCAGGUGAAGCUCAGCCGAGAGGCAGUGGCGGCGGCGGCGGCUGCCCGUACCCAGCACCUGCAGGCCCACCCCAGGGCGGCGGCACAGCACAGCAAGGCGCAGCAGCACACCAGCGGAAGGGCCCCGGGCCGUACGGCAGGUGGGGCAGUACUGAAGCCCGCCGCCAAGGCAGGCGCCGGUCGCGGUGGUACGGCAGCCGGCAGCUCGGGGGAGUUCAGUGCACCGGGUGCCAAGAGCCCCGCUGUGAAGAAGGACAAGAAGGGAGCAGCCGCCUCCCCAGCUCGGCGGUUAAUGACGGUUAUGGAGCUCCGAAACACGCACCUCAAGGGCCGCCGCCUGGCGCUGCUGUGGCCCGAGGACGGCACUUGGUGGGAGGGCACCGUGCUGGACCACGACAUCACGUCCGCGCGGCACCACGCGCGUAUCUACUACGAUAGCACCGCACAGGAGGAGGAGGUCAAGCUGCUGGACCUCGUGUCGAGUGGGGAGGUUGCCUGGCCUGUUAGGCCCGUAGGGGGGGGACAAGCAGCGGCAGCAGGAACCGGAUCAGGGGCGGUGGCGUCAGCGGUGGCGCCACAGCCGCCGCAACAUCAUGGGGCGGCACACGCUGCACACGCUCCUGUCGGACCGACGGGUGCGAUGGCGGCGGCGCCUGGGACACCCGCGGCGGGUGGUGCCCCGGGGGCGAGCGGGACGGCGGUCUCAGGCGGCGGCGGCGGCGGCUCCACGGCAGUGAUGGCGGCCAUGAGCAGUCCGAAGCGCAAGUCAGGUAGCAGUCCGGCGCUGGACCCGAAGCCGCCGAAAAAGACUCGGAGCGUGAGCAGCCUUACGGCAGCGCCGCCUGCCGGGGCGGCGGGUUUCGGAGCCAGCAGCAACGGCGGCGGCGGCGGCGGUGCCACGGCUGCAGCGAAGGCGAGCCGGGGCUCCCCUAGCAUGACUGGGCUGGGAGCGGGCAUGGGGGCCCCGGGGCGGGGCUCAGGCAGCAAUGGGCUCCCUGGCACAUACCAACACACACCAACGCUCCCAACAGAGAGCAGCGGACCUGUGGAUGGUGUUGCGGUCGUCACGGCGGCUGCCGGCGGCGGCGGCGGCGGCGGGGGGCCCCAGACGGUUUCUCCCCAGCCGCCGCCGCCGCAGCAGCAGCAGCAGCCACAACUUGUCUCUCAGGCCAGCGGUGUUGCGGCGGUCGGCCCCCCUCAGCCGGUCUUGUAUGACGUGGAGGGCGUGUGGAUGCAGGGCCGUGUCGUGGCCUGUACGGACAGCAAAUUGUCUGUUCAGUACGACGAGGGCUCCGCUGACCACUUCCAUCCCACACAGAAUCUCACGAUGCGAGUACUCGGAUGA